AUGACGAGUAAACUUCUCUCACAAAUCUUCAACAAGAACUCGCAAUCUAUAUACGAAACCCUGCGAGAAAACGGUGCCAAUAAUUCAGAUUCAGAUCUAGACGACAUGGAGGCCCGAGCUGGAAUGCUACAUAGUCAAGGUGGACCCGAAGAAUAUGAGGAAGGUAUGGAUGAUGAUGAGAGUACUUUUGAAUUAAGACAUCAACCACCGGCACCGGCCUCAUCGUCAUUUCUAGCGCACUCAACUCAACGUCCUUUCUUCGCCUCUAUGUCCCGACCACGAGGGAACCGCUAUGCCUCACAAAGAUUUAGGGAGGAAGAUGCCGAUGAUGAUGACGAUGUCCCUGCCUCUUUACUUUUUGAGGCUGGGGGCUUAGGAGCUGGCGGAGGCAGCAGACCAAGCGGAGCUGCUGGAUUGAACCAAGGCGAUCUCGGUGGAGGUGGGCCAGGACCAGCUACAGAGGCCACGAGAAAGCGAAAUAAACAGGAGCAGCAGUGGGCUGCUGCAACAGCGCAAAUGCACGUCCAAGGCGACGAGCAGGAAGCUGAAGCUAAAGAGGUCAGAAGGCAGGCUAGACUAGGUCUAAUAGAUCCCAAAGAACGGGCCCUGUGGAAGUGGGCCAAUGUUGAGAACUUAGACAACUUUCUUAACGAUGUUUAUGAUUACUUCUUAGGGAAGGGGAUUUAUAGCAUCGCCCUCAACCGAUUCCUAAAUUUGCUGUGA